AUGGGUCCACCUAUCAACAGCUGGCUCUACAGCCACCCGGUCGAACGAUCCAGAGUGACAAGUGAAGACAGAAAGUGUUUGAUAGUCAAUAUCGUUGACAAUUUACGUACCGUCGGUAUUAAUUUCACAUUCGCGUUUAUAUUCCUACAAGUGUUUUCGAGUUUGAGUUCAGUGACCGCGGGCCCGGUUGUGUUGAAUCUGGAUUACUUACAAGGUCCAGUACCCUUAGCUAGGAAUAUAAGACAUUUAACAUGCAUAUCAAGAAGUACAGGCCAAGAGGGAAUUUGUAUGUUUGUAAUGGACUGCGUAAAAGCAAACGGAACUCAGUUAGGAACAUGUAUAGACAGGUUCUACUUCGGUUCAUGUUGUCAAAUACAAGACAAAACAACUCUACCACAUAUAAUUGGUAAUAAUAUAGAAGAUAAUUCGAUAGAUAAUGCUAAUUUUGUUCAUCCACUUACACAAGAUAAGAUUAAUAGUUUUGUAAAUCCAAAUAAACAUGAUACUAAUAAAGAAAAAGACAAAACUUCAGUAAAUAACUUUACGAAGAAACCAGCAAUUGUGGAAUCGAAUGAACCUGAUAAGGCAGCGACAGUUCAAGAUAGGACAGAACAAGAUGAACCUGAAACUAAAGUUAACGAUAAUAUCAAAACAACGAAUGCAAUGGAUGCAACAACGGUCAAGGAAGUUGCAACAACACAAUCUACAAAAUUAACUUCUCAAGUAGCAGAAGUAACAGAACUACCUAUAAAAUUAUCUACAUUCCAAACUGUCUCAGGCGACGUAAAUAACGCAAAUUCUGAAAGCGUACAAAAUUUUACACCGAUUAAAAAUGAAAAUCAAGAGGUAACAAAGCCCACGACUGAACAAACGACAACAGAAAAACCGAAAAAACCUACUAGAAAGCCAAUCAAGCCUACGUACAAACCUAGACCUCAAAGACCAUCAAAUUUCACAAGACCCCCUCACAUUAGCCUUAAACCUAUACCUACAAAACCUAUUUUACCUUUUAAUACUACAAGAAAACCUAUUUAUAGACCCUCUUCUAAGAGACCGCCUACAAAGAAACCUUUACCAAUACCGCCUAGACUAAAUAUAACUAUCAUACCACAAUCCACAAGUACUAGACCAAUAUUUUCUAGACCAUCAUUGUCGACUAUAACUUAUAUUAACGGUGGUACGGUUUCUAAGGUUGAAGAUACUCCUAUAACUACAACUACAUCAAAGACUACAUCCAAAUUACCACCUAGUCCAACUACGACGACGACAACAACGACAACAACGACAACGACUACGACGACAACGACCACAGCUGCUCCAACAACGACAGAAAAAGUCACAGAGACAACUGAAAAUAUUGUCACGGAAACGUCUGUACCUACAGAAGCAGUAACUGAAAAAGCAACAGAAAAAAUUACAGUUGCAGUUACGUCUGAAUCUCAAUCAGAAACAGUUACAAUUGAACCUGUCAAAGAAGGUGUAACUGAAAAAGAUAUUGAAGAACCUCUCACAGAAAAAGUUACAAUACAAGAAGAAUCAACAGACAAAAACGACUUCAAACCAGUUACGGAAGCUGAUGUCCCUCUCACCACAAUCCCUACGACAACUACGGAGUAUCCGCCACUGGUAACGUGGUCAAACACAAUCGACUCUAGCUCCAAGCCUGCUGACGAUACUACACAUGAUCCUAACAAUGUUUGGUCUCCUAUCACACCACCAAAAGGAUGGGUACUGAUUUCAAGCGUUCCUCCUAAACCUGAAACUACAACAACUUCACAACCAAUUACAACAACUACUUCUAGAACUCCUCCUUCUAUUACAUCAGAAGCAACAACAAUAUUUGAAUCACCCUCCCCUGUUAGCGAAACUACAACAGCUAAAUCAGAAACCCCAACAACAACAACAGAAAUACCGGCUCCCCAAACUUCAGUAUCGAGUUUGGCUACGUCUGAAACAACACAGGCACCUAUUUCAGAGUUCACAGUCAAUGUGACUCUAUCGCCAACAGUACCAACUUCAACUUCAAGUGUUGGCUUAGCUUCAAGCUCGAUUUCUGAUAACGUUUUAUUUCUAAUUACAGAUCUGACUACCACAGAAGUUAAUACAACAGCUGAACCAACUACCACCAUUACUACUACCACUACUACAACUCCCACAUCUACCACAGAAUCGUACAAUAUGUCCAAUUACAAGGAAGUUUGUGGACGACGGAUGUGGCCGCAGGCUAGGAUUGUCGGUGGCACCAAAUCUGCAUACGGACAGUGGCCGUGGCAGAUCUCCCUCAGGCAGUACAGGACAUCGACUUAUCUCCACAAGUGUGGAGCUGCAUUACUUAACGAAAAUUGGGCGAUAACAGCCGCGCAUUGUGUUGAAAGAGUAGCACCAUCAGAACUCCUGGUACGUCUAGGAGAAUACGACCUAGCGAACGAUGACGAACCUUACGGUUACGCUGAAAGAAGAGUCCAAAUAGUAGCCAGUCAUCCUCACUUUGAUCCAGCCACUUUUGAAUAUGAUUUAGCGUUACUCAGAUUCUACGAGCCAGUGAUCUUCCAACCGAAUAUUCUACCGGUGUGCGUGCCUGAUGACGAUGACGACUACGUGGGAAGAACGGCGUACGUAACUGGAUGGGGACGACUAUAUGACGAGGGACCUCUCCCGAGCGUGCUUCAGGAAGUGGAAGUACCGGUGAUCAACAACACACUGUGUGAAUCUAUGUACUUGUCCGCUGGGUAUAAUGAGCAUAUACCAAAUAUAUUUAUAUGUGCCGGUUGGAUGAAGGGAGGAUCAGACAGUUGUGAAGGUGACAGUGGGGGUCCAAUGGUGGUACCACGGAAACGCGAUGGUCGUUUCGUGUUAAGCGGGAUCAUAUCAUGGGGUAUUGGAUGUGCGGAACCCAAUCAACCAGGAGUUUAUACACGUAUCUCUGAAUUCAGAGAUUGGAUCAACCAGAUACUACAAUUCUAG